AUGAUUGUUAAUCAUAAUUCACGAAAUUCUGUCAAUUUGGAUUGCUCUAGUGACGAUACCACUUCACAGGUUGCCGUAGCCUCCUAUUAUGCAGUUGCAGCUGCUGCUGCUCAACGUCAGCAACAGCCUUCCAAAUCAAUUGCAUCAAUUGGGCAGGUAGGAGCAGCGUCACACCAGCUAUCCGUAGAGGCUGCCCUUAUGAUGCAGCGGUACCCAGCUGGUCACACUGUACCAUCUGGAUUCUCUCGAUCCGGAAUGGUUGAAGCUAGGACUCCUGCCACCAGCCACCCAACCGGCAUGCACCAAACCCAUUUGUCGACUUACCACUCAGAGGAUUGUUUAACUGCUGCUACCGCUGCUGCGGCAGCAGCAGCAAUUGCUGCUUCUACUUCAGUCUCAUCGUCAUCAUCGGCUUCUAUAUCUUCGAUCCCCGCCACCUCGACAACUACCGCUGGUGUCUUCCACGCAGCCGCGCCUGCCUUGACCGUUCAGCCAGUCGUUCCGUCGCCCGGUUCAGUAUCUGCGGCGGCAGCGGCAGCUGCUGCGGCUGCUAUGUAUUGCUGUGCAGCGAUGCAUCAACAUCAACAGCAUCAUUCUAUCUCGGAGUGUCCUGGCGUUCCACUCAUCACUCAAGAUGUCUCCGCAGUUAGCCCUAUACAUCCAGCAACAUCUGUCUUCAUGCAACAGCAGCAGCAUCACCAACAGCAACAGCAGUAUCGGCAGCCGAUUUUGACCGCCCAUCCAUCUGCACAUGCACAGCCGCAAUUCGCCUCUCACACACAAAUCCAGCAUCACUCCACUCAACAGCAUCAUCAGCAACAACAGCGUCACCGACAGAAUGCAUCAUUUGCUCCAGGCUCACGACCCAUGAAUUCGUUUCCAUCUCACCAGAUCACUCCUGCACAACUGCGUCUUGACCUGCCCAACUAG